CGAUCCUGGUCGCCCUGUUCGUCUCGCAAGCUCGACCCGCAAGCCGCCGCCCGUCUCUGUCCCGCUCCAACAUGCCGACCCAGCCCGUAUCCGACCCAUCGCCAUCUAACCUGGCCUCGGCUCGCCAGCCCAUUUUCACCGGAUCGCUCAAGACCGGCUCGCUUCUAUGGAAUCGCCACCACUGGCAUUCGCUCUUGCAGUCCUCAUGUCUGCCGUCCAGCAAAGUCGAGAAGCUUCUCAAGAUCAUGAAUGCUUCCUACGGCUCCGGUGUGCCCACCCGAUCCAAGCCGGAUGCACGCUCGGUCCGAAGCCAUAUCCAUCGGCCCGUUCCGUUCACUAGCAUCUGCUUUAGCCACGAUAUAUCCGGGCCAGUCAUCCAAACCAACGCUGCACCGCUGAAUGUCUCGCACUCAACCCGACGGAGAGACAAGACUGAAUCGCGCCCGUCGUCGCUAUCGAUGGCAUCGGCGUCGCAACCGCCUCCUCACACAACCUGGACCACGCUCAACUACAUUCUCGGAGCCGUUGAUCAACGAGGGCAUAUCUAUGCAUUUGACCUCCACCAGAACACGUUCAUGUUGGUUGGCCGCUGUGGUGUCUCGGGCACUUGCAUCUCGUUCAACACCAUCCGGCGGCGUGAGCUUAUCGUCGGUCUCUCUGAUCACUCCCUGCAGUGCUACAACAUUGAUACCGGGCAUCUCAUCGCUCGUCUUCCCGCAUACCACUCCUGGGAGCCCAGAAGCAUCUGUGUCCAUCCUAGCAAAGCGUUGGCUCUGACCUCCAGCCGCUCGGAAUCUCUCCUGUGGAAUACUGAGGCAUGGACCCGGAUCCGGGUGCUUGCUGGCGGCGACUCACUUAUUGUUCAGCAGGCAUCGUUCUCGCCAAACGGGAGCUCGAUUGUGUCGUGCUUCUCGGACGGAAGCAUUCUGCUUUGGAGCCUCGAGAGCUUCUCGCUCUCGUGGAAGAUCUCCUUGGAUCAACUGGAUCUUCAGCCAAGCUCGGCGCUCUCGCAACGAGAAUUCCUGCUCGUCGAUCGUACAUCGUGUAUGGCACAGUCGCAUGACAGCGAGCUCAUUGUCUAUGCUGCUCUACCAUCAGCACUCUAUGUGUGGAGCGCAUCCGAGAAACGACUCUUGCACGAAUUGGUUAUCCCCGCCUUCAAGGACCAGCUGUUUUAUCAAAUUGAAUUUAUCGCCGGCACCAAGCUUGUCGUUGUGCUCACUGACCAUGGCGAAAUCGCCUUUGUCGAUGUCCUUGGCGGUGCACUCCUUGGUCAACUCCAUGGAAAGGACUCGUUCAAAUCCUUUUGCAUUUCUCGCGAUGGUCGAUAUAUCACAGCCAUCAUGGAAGAGUCUCGCUUCGUCGUCCAGGUGCUCAGAAUCGACUCGAUUUGGUCGCAUUUCAAAAUCAAGCUGCGGACCGCGGAGGGAUCUGACCGUGGUGAAGAAGAGGGACAAUCGAUUUCAGAAUCUGGGCACCAGAAUCAAUUGGACGAGUCGGAAGGAGGCUCCAUAGAGGAUACGCUCGAGCGAGCUCCAGUAAAAAAGCACACGCCAACUGUCAAAGUUGCCGAUCAACCGGAGACGUUUUAUGAACUCGUCGAGUCGAAGCACGACAGCUCCAUCAUGAACCGGGCAAAGCUCGCCAAGUUCCUACAUCACUACGGAGUAUAUCCAGACAAAUACAGGAUUCUCAUCUGGCGGUUCCUACUGCGGCUACCAGAAAACUACGAAGCAUACCAGGCACUGAUGCAGCUGGGCCCUCAUCCCGUUGUCAAAGAGUUCCGACGCAAGUUUCCGCUCAAGAGCGAGCGGCUGAACAAGUCGAUGGAAAAGGUCCUUUCGGCUCUUGCGCACUGGACGCUCAUCAUCGAGAACCUCGAGUACAUGCCCGCGUUGAUCUUUCCCUUUGUGAAACUGUUUUCGAAUGACAUAUUCACAUGCUUCGAAGUUCUCGUGACCCUCGUCAUCAACUGGUGUCAAAAAUGGUGGGACUACUAUCCCAACCCCCCGAUCGAGAUCCUCGACGUUGUCGAAGAUUUAUUGGCCUACCACGAUCCCGAACUCGUUGGCCAUUUUGUGAAAUGGAACAUCACAAGCCAGAUAUACGCCUGGAUUAUGAUCCAGACGUUCUUUUCCGAGAACUUUUCAAAGGAUGAGUGGCUUCGGGUGUGGGACCAUUUUGUCACCAGCGAGCCUGCGUUCAUGUAUCACUUCCUGGUGGCGUAUCUUCGGAGCUUCCGGGUAUCGCUGAUGGCCAUCACCAAGGUGUCUGAUUAUAAGCACUUCUUUACCCGACGCAACGCUGUCAACCUGACUGCUGUGUUGGAUCUGGCCUAUAGCCAGUCAUCAAACACUCCCCCGCAGAUAUGCCCGACCAGCUUCUUGGCCACAUUUGAGCCUACGCUGAAAGGGCAAACGCGCAUGCGCGAGCGCAUACGGGAAGAGGAAGAGGCCUAUCUGCGCAAGCGCAUGCGGACAGAUGAAGUUAGCCGGCUCGUGGAGGAGCUGAGACGAGACAAGCGCGAGUGGGAGAACUCGGACUGGAAGAUGAACGAAAUGCUCGAGAAGUGGUGGUCCAACAUGAUGGACGAGCAGGAAAACCACCAGCUCCGCAAAGCCAAACUCGACGCGCUCGAGAAGGAGCAACGAUCGCGUGCCGUCCAGCGCAUAAUCCAAGCGCGGUCGUCAUUUGUCGACCACCAAAACUCGUCGAUCACUCGCCACAUGGCCAAUAUCUCCAAGACCGUUGGAUUCAACCGCCGCGCACUCGAGUUUGAGCUGGAUCAAGCCGAGCUGGAUGAAAAGUUUUCGGAGAUCGAGAACGAGUGGCUCAAGCGACGCGAAGACAUGAUCAAGAAGCGCGAGGAGCUGGCCAAACUAGAUCAGGAGCGUAUCGAGCGUAUGAUCAAGCAGGCCCACAAGCUCGGCGUCCGUGACGGCGAGUUCGAGGAUGAGCUGCGAAAGCGUCUGAACAAGGACACAGCAGCAUGACAUGGAUCCGCUGUACUGCCUUCCUGAGAUGAACCGGCAAACGAGCGCGCUAUAUUGACCUUGAGUUUAGCCCUCCUCUCGAUCCUCAGAGCAGCAUAUUGCAGGCGUUCCAAUAAAAAAUGGGACACCCCGAAUUGUUGACCAUCGACUUGAUAUUAUGUCACCCGAUACCAUCGCGCACUGGCCAUGACCAUUCUGCGUUACGAUGCUACACUAUCGUUCAUAGCCGGAGAAAA